GUCGAUUGCGAGAGCGCCGUCCGAGUGACGCACGUGCUAGAGCGGUCACGCCGCACCCACAAGUCUCCGCGCGUGGGGUUCGCGCUGCUGCUGUUCUUCGCGUUGCUCUUCGUGGCGCUCUUCCUGCUCGCGCUGUUCGUGAAGAAGCAAAGCGGCCGCGAGCCGAUCAGCACGUGCAACAGUCAGGCGUGCCUCCAGCAUGGACAGGUGCUGCUCGAAGCGCUCAACCUGUCCGUCGACCCAUGCGACGACUUCCACGCGUUCGUCUGCGGCUCCUGGGAGCGCCGACUGAACGAAGGGCCCGCCAGCGCCGCGCCCGCGUACCAGGACCGUCUGAUGGUGGCAUUCGCGGAAAGGGCCAUCGAUGAGCUACAGUCGAACCUGGAAAAGCUCGAAGGACCCGCUUCAGAAGAUGCGAACCAAACCGUGUAUCUGGCCGCGCAAUUCUUCAGGAGCUGCACCAGGUCUGAUAGCAGCGGCGGCACCUACUCCGCGACUUCCGCCACAUCAAAGACGAGGCUUCAGCGAUUCCGAGAGCUGCGCACGAGAAUGCGGCUUCCAUGGCCCGAAAACAUGCCUUACGCAGCCCUCGAACCGCUGGACGUCAUGCUCGACUUGGCCAUUAACUGGAACGAGAACUUCCUCUUCGACGCCCAGCUCGUCAACGUGAGCGGUCGGCCCGUGACGUUAUUUCUGAGUCGUGGGAAGCCUCUGACCGGCUGGGUGCACUACGAAGAGCCCGCUAACUACGAGGGUCACGUCCAAGACUACCUAGGGUACAUGGGUCUGAGCAAAGCCGCCGGUGGCAACGAAGCCCACCCCCACGUCCUCAGGAAUCUGACUCGCGAUAUGCUCAAUGUCAAGAGAGAUGGCGCGAGGGGGGAGGCAAACCAGACUUGGUUCCGGCUAGACCUCUUCGACAAUCCAACGCCGUGGGUCGAUGCCGGCGUCUGGCUCAGCUUGCUCAACAAGCACUUCUCUCCAGACCUGAGUUGGUCCUCCGACCAUUGGGUCGUGGUGGAAGACUUCGGGCUCGUUCAAGGCAUCCAAAAGCUGUUGAAUAAGUACACCAAGAGGCAGUUCUUGAUCGGCAUGUCGUGGCUAUUUGUCCAGACACACCUGUGGGCUAUCCUGGACCUUCCGCAACUAAGGUUCCGCAGCGGCGCUAGCGACGACCUCACGUUGUUCAUGACGCUGAAGAAAUACAGCUGCCUCGAGUACGUGCAGUCCCGACUCGGCUCGCUGCUUCCGUUCGGCGAGGCAAUUACCGGUCUGCCGCCAAAUUCGCUCCAAUUCUUCGGGACAUUCGUGGACUCGGCGGCCUCGCUCCUCGACCAGCUUGCAUGGAUCGGGAACGCUCGACACGCCGCGCUGCAGAAGACCAAGUACUUGACGAGCAGCUCUCUGCCGCGGCCGGCCUUCCUCAACUUGGAGAGGCGGGAGCAGCUGUUCGACACAUUCCCGCGUAUGGGCGCCGACUUCGCCGCCAACUUCGUCGACGCGUCGCAUUGGUAUCAGGCGACCCGCAAGGAUCGGAACCGCCUGGGCUUGUACGGCCUCCGCACGUCGUCUGGCUACGCGCGCCCUUUCUACGUCUACGCCCUCAACAGCGUACGCUUCCCGAUGACCCUAUUCCAGCCGCCGCUCUACUACAAUCUCAGCCGCAUGGUCGUGCUCAACGCGGGAGCGGGCUCCGUCCUGGCGCGCGAGGUCGCCCGCGCGUUCGACCCCAAGGGCAUCGCGUUGGACGAAGAAGGGCGCGGCGCGCUGUGGUGGGGGCCGAACCGGUCGCGCGACUACCUCGAACGGCUCGCGUGCGACCUGAACGCCAGUGAGUGCUGCUCCUCCAUACAGCUAUUUCCCUCUGUGCCGGGCCUCGAGAUUGCCUACCACGCGUUCGAGGGAGACGCCAAAUACGACCAGAGGCUACCGGGUCUCGAGAAGUACACCCACGACCAGCUGUUUUUCAUCAACUAUUGCUACGUUCAGUGCGCCGGCAGCCGAGCCAACUACGGGGACAGUUGCAACGUGCCGCUCAGGAACUUCGCGCCCUUCGGGAAAGCAUUCAAGUGCAGCGUCGGUUCGCGAAUGAACCCACGACGCAAGUGCGGCUUUUUUUCAUGACCAUAUUGUGCACGGCUUUUUCUCUCGCAUUCGUUUAGUGCUAGAAAUGUUUCCCUGCUUUUUUGUGCGUUUAGAUGUGCGCUCCUCACCGUGUGCACUUCGUUGUUGUUUGAAUGUUUAGCUUCGAUAGAGUGUUCAUAUCGUGCUUGUUUUUCAAUGAACCAAAUCUUUGAAAGAUGACGAUGUCAUUUUGUACGCUUCUGAACACCGUCAAGCGGCCAUCUUUGGUGCCUGCAACACCGUUUAAUCUCGUCUUUCAGCCGCCCUGUGGCGUUAAAAUGUGCACCUCCUCUAACUUGUAUCGUGCUGUGUUUUUCUCGCCUUCUUUAUAGCUACUGUGUACUGUGCUAUACGAACGCUAUGGAUGGUACGCUUUCGCAACUUUUCGUGUGUUUCGAAUAGCAUACUUUAUAUU